AUGGCACCCCAAGACACAUUCAUCGACGAGGAGGAUGAUACAUGCCCGUUAUGUAUCGAGGAGUUCGACCUCUCAGAUCGGAAUUUCCGACCAUGCCCUUGCGGCUACCAGGUGUGCCAGUUCUGCUUCAAUAAUAUCAAGAACAACAUGAACGGCCUGUGUCCUGCAUGCCGAAGACCUUAUGACGAGAAGACAAUCCAGUGGAAGGUUGUCACUACGGAAGAGGUCGCCGAGUUCCGAGCAAACAUCCAGAAGAACCAGAAGAAGCGAGCUGUGGAACAGAAGCAGAAGGAGGUUCAGAAGCGCGAGGUCGAGAAGGAAAACCGCAAAAACCUCAUCGGCGUCCGGGUCGUUCAGAAGAACCUGGUUUACGUGACCGGCCUGACACCUACAGUGCGAGAGGACGAAUUACUCAAGACGCUUCGCAAGCCCGAAUUCUUCGGUCAAUACGGCAACAUCCUGAAAAUCUCGAUUAGCAGUCGGAAGAGCCAGGACGGCCAACACCAGUCUCUCGGAAUUUAUGUGACUUUCGAGAAGAAGGAAGACGCCCAACGUUGCAUCCAGGCUGUCAACGGUUCUCAGAAUGGCGAUCGCGUUCUCAGAGCUCAGCUCGGUACUACCAAGUACUGCUCGGCCUGGCUGCGGCACGAGCAGUGCACCAACAGGCAGUGCAUGUUCUUGCACGAGCUAGGUGACGAGGAAGACAGCUACACUAGACAGGAUCUAUCCUCGAUGAACAGCAUCAGCUCUCAGCGUCCCCUCCCGGGAGGUGGUUCCUCCAGCAGUGGUGGCGGGCCGUCUCGUACCGCUUCUCGACAACAGAAUACCGCACCGCCUGCGGCUCCCGCUUCUCAACCCAUGGCACGAUCGUCAAGCAAGGACGGCUCCGAGAAUGGCGGCGAUGGACCAGCUCUGCCUGCCUCUGCCAACUGGGCAAGAAAUCCUCAGCGCAGCCGCAGGGGAAGCCACGCCACUAGUGGCGCCGCUUCAAGCCCUGCAAUCUCGACAGCUCUCCCCGUUACCACCGAGGCAGUACCCGAGGCCAUCGACGAAACCCCCUCGAGAAAGGAAACCCCCGCACCCCCGACCGAGACCAAGGCCCCGAAGCCGACCGCUCCCGUUGACAAUCGAAAGUCCAACAGCCUUCCAGAGAAUCUGCUUAGACAGCUUCUCAAGGCCAUGCAGGGUUGCCCUUUCUCAUACCAUGCGCCGGAUACGAACCAGAUCGAGACGAUUUACCCUCCCAUGUUCGACACCCGCGGAGGCGAAAAGAGAAGAGCCAUGCGCGAAGAAGAGGAGUCGCGCCUCGGCGUAGACCAGGAGCAACAAAGCGAACCUCAAGAGGCCUCGGAAGGCGAGCCGGAGACUGGAGGCAGUCUGGCGCUCGGUGGCGAGCCCGAAGACCGAGACGUUGCUCGUGACGUCGUCUUCGAGCAGCGUAGACCUGGCACCCAGCCUCCCAUCCAGCGCAACAAUAACGACGGCCCUUUUGGUCCUGCACUUGGCUCUGGAUUCGGUCAAGCUUCUGUGUCUGCUAGUUCUGUUGGUGGCAGCCGGUCUAUGACACCUCAACAACAGCUCUUCGUUCGUUCUCAGAGCGGCUUUGGUGAUCACCUGCCUCCUGGCAUUCCAACUGCGCAGCCCUCUGCGGUUCAGCAACAAGGUGGCGGCCACAACAGACAAGGAUCUAGGUUCAGCUUUGCUAAUGACACCGCCGGCACUUCAGCUUCAGUCAAGGUUGCCGCCAACCCAAGAAUCAUGGCCCAGCAGACGGCCAUGAUGCCUUCCGCUUUCCACUCGCAGCCCGGCAGCCAGUAUUAUGCAUCCUCCAUGCCCGGACCUCCUCCAGGUCUCAAGUCGACAGGAACUCCGCCAAACAUGUUUGGACAGGGCCAGUUCGGUGGCGCCUUCGGUGCGACUUCCAAGGAUUCCGCCGAGCUUCUCCAGACGUUGAUUCGGGGUCGGGGAACUAAUGGACAGGGUCAUGAUGCUGGUAAGCGUGAGUACAUGUUAUCUUCUUUCUCUAAUCAGUACCCAUCCUCUACCUCCUCCACCCCAGCUCCUGCUUCGGGCCUCCUGGCGUCGCUCUACGGUAACCAGCCUGGAGCAUUCCAAGACUUCGGUCCCAAGCAGAAGAAGAAGGGGAAGAAGCACAGACAUGCUAACACUUCCUCCUCUGGAGGAGGUGGUCUAGUUGAUCUUGCGGACCCGAGUAUCCUGCAAGCGAGAAUGCAACACCAGUCGCAGAGCAACGCCGGAGUCGGACAGGGACUGUUCGGUGGACAGAGCCAAGAUGACGAUCUCUUUUCGCUCGACGAUGAGGCCACUCUAUCGGUAGACAAAUUGGUCUCUGACGACCCCCUGCCGAGCUAUGUUGGUACCCUUGGCGGAUUAUCACGACCAGCAGCUCCGACCCCGCCGCCUGGUCUCGGCCCUCCACAGAGAACCGCAUCGCCGGCUCCACGACAAGCACCAAUUCCCGUAAUACCAGUCACGCCACUGACACCCUCGGCCCCCAAGCCGGCAGUCCCUACCAUGGCUAACAUCGUACGGACUGCCACACCGGAUCAGGCUUCUCGUAAGAAAGUCGGUGGGACAGAAGCCAAGAAGAACAUCAAAGCCUUGGCUAUCGAGAGCGGUCUGUCAAAGGACAUUGCCUCCCAGGCAUCUCCCUCCAAGGGGAAGUCUGUAUUGCAGUUGCAGGAAGAAGAUUUCCCAGCACUGGGAAAUGUUCCACGGCCUGCCACCCCAGCAAAGUCAGCAGCUGCAACUCCAAAGACCGCCCCCGCGAGCAUCAAGAAGCCCCAACCAGAAGCCGCGACGCCUGCUUCAGGUCCGUCUCCCGUGCUGGCUGUUGAAGCGCCCAAAGCUACCAAGGCUACGGAGAAGCCCAUACCGGGUAUCUUGAACAUUGCCGCCGCCACCAGUGCAGCUCAGCCGAAGCAACCAGAGACGACCACCACGGAGCAAUCUGACGUCUCGGCCUUCCCAGCCUUACCAACACCAACGACUGCCAGUGUAGCAUCACCUAUCGCGAGAGCAGCGCCCAAGACUUUGCGAGUUGUACCGACGCCGAAAGCUGAAGUGCCGCCAGCGCUACCAUCGGGCGCCGCAUUUUCUGCGGCCGCCAGAGCUGUGUCUUCCGCCUCUGGACGUCCUGGAACCCCGGCUAGCGAAAUCAUAAGCGACAGCGCUUCUAUCGUCUCCGCAUCUGUGUCUGCUUCUCGCACCAGCUCACCGCCUCCUACCCGAGUGGGAACCGCACCUGUCCGCAACACAACAAAGAGUCAGCAGCGCAAGCAGCGAAAGGAGGCGCACAAGGAGCAGUCCGCUUCCAUUACUGUUGCGCCUAAAGUCGUGGAGACCGAAGAGCAGGCUCCCAUCCUCGGACGCAAGAAGAAGCAGAAGAAGGAAAAGCCCAUCACAGCGGCCCCUACACCAGUCAAGAAGCCCGUUGAGCGUGCCGCAACCCCGCCCCCUCCUCCCAAGGAGCCAACUCCGCCACCGAAGCCCAUCGUCGAGAGAACGGUGGUGGACCUGCCUCCUCCUAAGGGCAAGGCUGCCAAGCAAGCCGCCAAGAUGGCCAAGGCAGCGGAGGAGAAGGGCAAGAGUAAGGAAGGGACACCUACAACGCCUACACCACCGCCUCCUGCACCCACAGCUGUUGCUGUACCAGAAGAGUCUCAGGAUAUUGCCGACAACCCGAAUACCUUUCCUGAGGUUGUCUACCAUGCCCUGUAUGAAGCAGGCGAGGUUCCCACCGCGGAACUACUUGCCCUGCUCAAGCCUUUCCUCGACGCUCACUCUCGCUUUGACAGGCCUUCCGCUGCGACCCUGAGCAAUAACCCGCCUCCUACGGCCACGACCAAGAACAUGGUGUCCGAGGCAGACCAUGCUGUCCUCCUCACUGGUCAGCCGGUGCGCAAGGUCAUGGAAGGCCAGCGUGUACUCAUCACGCCCAACGGGGAUUGUCUGAGAAACCUCACCGAAGAGGAAGAAGGCAGAUAUCUUGCGCUUCAGAAGUCUGUGGCAGUUGGCAGUGACCAGCCCGACAGCUUUGUUGCGCCCCGCCACCAGGCCCGUCCGGGUGGCUUCUCCCUGAUUAAGGGCAGAGCGGUACCCAACGGCCCCCCGUCCUACUUCCCACCCUCGCCCAACGCACAAAAGAUGUUCUCCGAUGACCCUGUUAAUAAGAUUCAGCGUGAAGAGGCCAUCAGCUACAUCAACCAGUUUGUUCUCCCGCGACUUAACUUGGGUAACACCAACUUGUUCCCGGGCAGCUGGAAAUCUGCACCUGGUGCGAAGGACGCCUUAUCUGCACGAGAAACAGCCGCCGCCAGCCUAAACUCCCUCGCUCCGUACAUCUAUGGACACGACGCAGCAGCGGGCGCAGGCAUCUACUCCGCCGAGAGCGGUGGCUCAGGCAAGGACAUCCCCGAGGACGAGACACCGUUUGGGGGUCUGGACUCGCCACAGCACCAGCAGGGUAGCGAGGGCUUCGUCACCGACGCCUCCCCUUCGACCAUGGCGGCGGCCGCCGCACAGGUGGACGCCCAGCAGAGAACUGGAGCUGUACACCCCAAGCUGCCUGGCACACCACUCAAUGCCAUGUCGCUCAUGAGCGUCGAGGACGCCGAGUCGGCGCUGGGUAUUGCGCGCAAGGAGACGGAGAAGCUUGAGAAGGGGCUGAAUCAGGCCAUGAAGCGGAACCGGAGGCUUCUCCUCGGCAGCAGAUGA